UUUUUGGUUUUUAAUUAUUAUAAUAUUUGUACUCUCAUAGUUGGCAGAUAAGACUGUCCAUGGACAUUAACUAACAACUAGGAAGCUUCUCUCUCUCUCACUAUUUCGUUGAUCCUAGUUUCAUAGCAUAAUACUCUAUUUUCUGGGAUUAAUCGAAGGACCCACGAUUCAUCAUCUAUUGUUUUAUUUUCGUUGAUUCACAAAAUGUCUUGGUGGGAUAUAAGAUCUGUUUCAUGGUUUAGGAAUUUCAGGGGUUCCUCUCAGGAUGUAGCAAGCCAGAGGCUGGAGCUUUCUGCAGUUACUAGCGCUUGGUUUUCGCCCCUCCACUUUCCAUUGUUAGAAUACAAGAACCAAGAGGAAAGAAUGAGAGAAGUCCAGCUUGGGUCGCAUACUGUAAGGUCCCAUGGAGUCACAGUGGCAAGGACACACUGUUAUGACUGGCUUAUACUGAUGCUUCUUGGGGCAAUGGUUCUCAUUCUGAAUGUUAUCAAUCCAUUUUAUCGCUUUGUUGGGAAAGAUAUGAUGACUGAUCUCAAGUAUCCCUUGAAAUCUAACACCGUUCCUAUAUGGGCUGUUCCUGUGUAUGCAGUUAUAUUGCCUAUGGCCAUUUUUUUUGGUUUCUAUAUUCAUAGGAGAGACGUCUAUGAUCUACAUCACGCGACACUAGGUAUUUUAUUCGCUGCUCUGGUAACGGCGGUUAUCACAGAUUCAAUAAAGGAUGCAGUGGGUCGGCCUCGUCCAGACUUUUUCUGGCGUUGUUUUCCAGAUGGAAAGGAUCUUUAUGAUCAAUUGGGUAAUGUUAUAUGUCACGGUGAGAAAAGUAUCAUAAAGGAAGGGCAUAAAAGUUUUCCAAGUGGGCAUACUUCAUGGUCCUUUGCUGGUUUGGGCUUUCUGUCACUGUAUUUAUCUGGAAAGAUAAAAGUAUUUGAUCAUAGAGGCCAUGUUGCAAAACUAUGCAUUGUUGUUCUUCCUCUACUCGUUGCAUCUCUAAUUGGCAUUUCUCGAGUAGAUGACUACCGGCACCAUUGGCAAGAUGUCUUUGCUGGAGGUCUCCUAGGCCUUGUAGUGGCCACGUUUUGCUAUUUGCACUUCUUUCCACCUCCGUAUCAUGCUGAAGGCUGGGGACCUUAUGCUUACUUUCGCGUACUGGAGGAAUCCCGUGCAAUGACACAUGCAGUCACAAACUCACACAACGGGGUGACUCCAGAGGCUGAAACUGAAAAUCAGCAGGAAGCAAGAAACAGCGAUGCAUUCAUGGGCAGUUUGGCAGUGGAAGAUGUGGAAUCUGGGAGGAGGCAAUUUUGAAAAUUUAUUCUAGUUUUUAGCUUGAAACCCUCGCCAUUCUACUAUAGAUACACGAAAUAUAUUAAAGUAUAUGCAUGAAAGAGUACAUUUUUUUUUUUAAAAUGCUAGAAUGGGCUUAUAAUGCUCUACAUAUCAGUUGUAUAGAAAGAUGAACUAUGCAUUUGUGGCAUGGCAAAAAAUGUUGUGUGAUGAUUUUUUGCUUAGAGAUUUGGAUGGCCCUGAGUGCAUGUUGUCAAGUACCAA